CAUUCCAAAUUAACCAAUAAAAUUUCUAGUAAACACAUGUCCAUGGCCAUGCUUAGCACUUUAGGAAACGUUGGUGUCUAUAGUCUAUUAUUAUUAUCAUGGUUUCUUGUGUGUGUUUGGGGACGACCCGCCACUUUUGUGCAAGACUUUCAAAUCACGUGGUCAGAAUCUCAUAUCAGGCAAAUUGAUCAAGGCAGAGCCAUUCAACUCAUUCUAGACCAAAACUCUGGUUGUGGUUUUGCUUCCAAGAGUAAGUACAUGUUUGGCCGUGUUAGCAUGAAGAUCAAGCUCAUACCCGGGGACUCUGCUGGCACUGUCACUGCAUUUUAUAUGAACUCUGACACGGACACAGUACGCGAUGAGCUGGAUUUCGAGUUCUUGGGGAACCGUAGUGGUGAGCCUUAUACAGUGCAGACAAACAUCUAUGCUCACGGAAAAGGGGAUAGAGAGCAAAGGGUCAACCUCUGGUUUGACCCUUCUGCGGACUUUCACACUUAUACUAUUUUGUGGAACCAUCGUCAUAUUGUGUUCUACGUUGAUGAUUUUCCAAUAAGAGUGUACAAGAACAGUGAAGGAAAGGGAAUAGCAUACCCUAGGAUGCAAGCGAUGGGAGUAUAUUCGACAUUGUGGGAAGCAGAUAACUGGGCAACAAGAGGGGGGUUGGAGAAAAUUGAUUGGAGUAAGGCACCUUUUUAUGCAUAUUACAAGGACUUUGACAUUGAAGGGUGCCCUGUGCCAGGACCUGCCAACUGUGCCUCUAACCAAAGUAAUUGGUGGGAAGGGGCUGCAUACCAAGCCCUUAAUGCCAUUGAGGCACGAAGGUACAGGUGGGUUCGUCUCAACCACAUGAUCUAUGAUUAUUGUCGAGAUAACUCACGCUUCCCAGUUACCCCACCUGAGUGCCAUGCCGGCAUUUAAACCCAAAAUUCAUGUCGUUUCAAUCAUUCAAGUACACCCCUAUCACACCAUACCUCUUUAAUUUUCUUCAAAAAAUCAUAUUCCACUAAGUUAAUUUCAUUUAUUCCACGUGCUCAAGAAAACAAAAUGUAGAACAAUAUAGCUUGAGGUAAAUUAUUGUGUCCCGCUACCACAUGGAUAAGUUGAUAGUUGAUCAUAUAAACAUUUUUUGUUUUGGGGAGAGGCCAAAUGAUUUAUGAUUCUGGUGUCUGUGGGGGCGAGGGCUGUGUUCGAAUCAGAACGAGAUAAGUCAAAAGGCAUUUCUGGAUCUAUUAUGCCAUUGUAUUUUAGUGCGCAUUAUUGAUGGAGGAUAUUGUUGGGCUUGUGAUGUACCAAAUUUCAGUGUUUCUGAAUAAGCAAGGAGAACAUUAACAUGCUCUGUCUAUCGCAUGAA